UCCCCACGCACAUCCGCGCGCGCGCGCCCCCACAGGCAGACACGCGCGCGGGGGUGGGGGGGCGAGCGGCAGCAGCAGGAGGAGGUAAAGAUGGCAAUGUCUGUGAUCCAAGCGUGCCGCAGUCUGGCUCUCUCAACAUGGCUGCUUUCCUUUUGUUUCGUGCAUCUGCUGUGCCUGGAUUUCACGGUGGCCGAGAAAGAGGAGUGGUACACGGCCUUCGUGAACAUUACUUACCCGGAUCCUGGCGGCGGCAGCGGCGGGGAGCUGCGUAGCGAGAAGACCGAGUGCGGCCGCUACGGAGAACACUCGCCGAAGCAUGAUGUCUGGGGGCAGGUGGUGAUGACCUCGGCGGCCGCCGAUCGGCAAGCCUGCGACCCCAACGCCAGAUUCGCCGUGCCUGGGCCCGGCAAGAUCUGGAUCGCGCUCAUCCCCAAGGGGAAUUGCACAUACAAGGAUAAGAUCCGACACGCCGCCUCCCAAAACGCCUCGGCCGUUGUCAUCUACAACGUGGGCUCCAGCAACGCCAAUGAGACCAUCACCAUGCCCCCCGCAGGUACAGAAGAUGUUGUAGCAAUAAUGAUCCCUGAACCAAAGGGGAAAGAGAUAGUGAAUCUGCUGGAGCGGAAUAUUACUGUGAUGAUGCACAUAACAAUUGGAACCCGAAACCUGCAGAAGUAUGUUAGCCGAACCUCCGUGGUAUUUGUCUCGAUCUCCUUCAUUGUGCUGAUGAUCAUCUCCUUGGCAUGGCUGGUCUUCUACUAUAUUCAGAGGUUCAGAUAUGCAAAUGCCAGGGACAGAAACCAGCGCCGUCUUGGAGAUGCUGCAAAGAAAGCAAUCAGCAAACUGCAGGUCAGGACGAUAAGGAAAGGAGAUAAGGAAACUGAAACGGAUUUUGAUAACUGUGCAGUGUGUAUUGAGGGCUACAAACCAAAUGAUGUUGUCAGGAUCUUGCCCUGCCGGCAUCUCUUCCACAAAUCUUGUGUAGAUCCGUGGCUGCUAGACCAUCGCACCUGCCCCAUGUGUAAAAUGAACAUCUUAAAAGCACUAGGGAUUCCGCCAAAUGCAGAUUGUGUAGAUGACAUACCUCCAGAUUUCGAAGUUUCUAUAGGAGGGCCACCAACUAAUCAAAUUACAGGAGCUAGUGACAUAACUGUGAAUGAAAGCUCUGUAGUGCUUGAUCCUCCUGUCAGGACAGUUGGAGUACUGCAAGUCAUCCAGGAUACAGACCCUCUUCCACAUACUGGGGAAAAUAACCUUAUCAAUACAAGCAGUGAGCAAGAGCCAGCAGUCAGUAGCGAUUCAGAUAUUUCAUUGAUUAUGGCAAUGGAGGUUGGACUCUCUGAUGUGGAGCUUUCCACUGACCAAGACUGCGAAGAGGUGAAAUCCUGAAAAAACAAAACAAAAGACCCUUCCACUAAACUAAAGGGCAGUAGUGGGGAGGGAAGAGAAAGAAUCAGCUCUGUCAGAUUUGAACCAUGGGUGUACACAUGCAUAAUAUACACAUGUACACACACACACACGUAACCACACACAUGUCCAGAACAUUUUGUGAACUCCAGUAUGCUCCAUUCUGGGACAGUCAUGAAAAGCAAUAGCAACAAACGUGUCUGCCUGGAUGCAGUUUCAUCAUCAACUACGUGUGUUCAUUUCAUUGACAUCGGAAGGUGAAGCUGUAUUGUUUCCAGCACAGGCAUCAGAAGAGUUAUGCACCUUCUUGGUGGCAUCUAACAAUGUAACUGAAAGAACAGCUUGAGUGUUUUCUACUUUUCUUCAGUCCUUGGUUGUUUUUUUAAGCAGAGGGAAAAAACACUCCAAGGUGAUAUUUAUAGCUCAUUAUGGAUGGAGACUUCCUUCUUCCUCUCAUUGCCCCCAGCUUUUUCAAAUGUUCAGUCCAGAAAUCUGAAUGCUAUGAUGGAUCACCAGGAUUUGUCAAUGAAAGAAGUAUGGCUCUGGAAAGAAAUGGUGCUUUGGAGUGGAGUCUUGGUCUGAAGCUUCUUUUCAUUAUGGUGUUAAUAGGACUUGAAGAUCUGUGCUUCCAGAUAUCCCAUAGGUGACUGAAUUUACUGAAGUUGGUGACUUGCUACUUAACGCUGUGGUUGCCAUUCAGAGCUUUAUGACUUGCACAUAUGAUACCAAGUGAGAGAAGAUGAAGAUGCUCAUGAUGAUGAUAGUGGGAUUAAAAGUCAGACUGCCCUUGCAGCCCAUUUGAUGUAUUUUCUGCCAUUACAAACCUCUCAUACCUUAAUGGCCUUCCCUAUGAUUGGUAUGUAAUUAGAUCCACUGUUAAUAAUAAUAAUAACAAUGUAUUUCACUCAAAUGGCCCUCAGAGCACUGAGUACAAAGUUCAUUAAAAUGUUUGUGCUUGGGAGAAAAGAGAACAGAAAUGGCUGAAAGAGGAAAGAAGGGGUUAGUGGUGAUGCCCAUCUUAGGAAAAUUACAAAUAGACUGAGGAUGUUACUGAAGAUAAGGUAUACCCUGAAAAUCUCUUUACCACCCAGGACAUCACUGCCACUCUAGUUCAUCCCUGCUUCCUCUAUUCAUAAGUAAAAGUAUUUCCUGUUUUUCAAGGUCCCUUGAUAUACCCACACUCAGCCUAGUCUUGAAUUUGUACAGCUCUGUACUCAUAUUGCUGGAUGAACGGCCAAUAAUCUAAUUCAGGUAGAGGAUGUUGUAUUCACAGGUGACAGCAAAAGUGCAUGAAGAUUGAAUUUUUUUCCUGCAUAGCCCUUAGUCACAUGAAAAAUUCACACAUUCAAACCUGCAUUGAAGUAAUUCACAAAUGUGGGAAAGAGGCUCAAAGGCAUUUACUGGCAUGUGUCAAAAGAUACACUCAAAAUGUUUUUUUGUUCCUGUUGUGGAGGUCACUCUUGUUCCCUGGCUUCUGCACUCCUUUGGAUGUGGCUCUGCAAUGGGUAAAAAUAAGAUAAGGCUCUUCCUCUAAUAUAUUUUUAAAUUGUAAUAGAAACCUGAAGCAUUCCAAAGUGAAUUCACUGUUAGAUGUGUCCCCCCCCAAACAACAAGAUUUUGAAAAGGGGUGCCAUUAGCUGCUGGGAUCUGAGUGAACUUGCAUUAUGCUGUAGCUUCAGGGGAUUUGCUAUUUAUGCAGGGGGCAAUUUUAUAUUUCAAUCAAAAUACUUAAGUGUUAGGGAGGACUAUUCAGCUUGUUGUCUGUCAUAAAAGGGUAAGCUAUUUACUCCUGACAAUAAGAACAGUGAUAAAUUACAGUAGGUAAAUAGUCUUAGCACAGUAGCUUGUGCUAAAAAAUUCAAUGAAGCAGAAUCUCUCCCUGCAUUAGAGCAAUACUGUAAAGAUUGUUCAGCUAUGCCAUCAUCAACCCAUAAUUUGGCAUUAUGUGAACAAGUCUUGCCCUCGUAUGCUUUUCUCUCUCCCCACCCUGGCUUGAUUUCUUCUUCAUUUCCACUUUAAUAACAAACCAUAGGUUUCCCACAUUGCUGAUAAAUCAGAAGUGGGUUAAAAUCUGAGCAUGCAAAGAGGCAGGUUUGGCAUCAGUGCCUGCCAUGGUGGGGCAAAUUCUGGGGCCCAGAGAACUCACUGGGGCUGACAGUAUCAUUCCUUUUUGUGUUUUUGUUUGUUUUGAUUUUUUAAACUAGGGGUGAUGCUCAGUAGAGAAAUGUCGGACAAACCACAAGUAGCCACUGCCACCAUGUUUAUUAUCCCAGAAUGCCUCGGGGACCUCAGUGUGUGUUGCCUGACACCAUCUGAUUUGGGGUGGGGGAGGAGAGGCAGAAAGCUGCACUCAGCCUGGCACUAAGUGCCUGGCAAUAUGCAGCUAUCUCACUCUUCAUUUCCUUAGGGAAACCUUGCACCAACAGGGCUUCUUCAUGUAGCACCACACUAAAGUUUGGUGUUGCAUCUGAAGUGCUCCCUAAGUGUUACUAGAAACAUAAGUUGCCAUCAGUUGCCCCAUAUGUAGCAUGACUUUCAGUGAGUUUUAAAUCCAAGUAGUACUUUCAAAGAUCACACCUGUCCCCAUCUCUUUGAAGGCUAGUGUGGGGGAAAGUAGAGACCUUCAGAAAAAAGACGGCAAAUUUACUCUCAUCUGAGAGUAAGCCAAAAUAAAUGUGUAAGCAACAGCCUGAGACUUGGGUUUGUUGCCAUAUGAGGCCAGCUUCAGAUUUGGAGGGCUAAGCUUUCAAAUUAUGGUUUUCGUAACUCCAGUAGUUGUAUAGCAGAGAGAAUUUUGGCAGGUGUAACUUGUAAUGCCACAGUUCUCCCAGGUUUUGUAAAGUGGCACUUGUGAAAACAUGCUCACUUACCCAACUAGUAAAUAUGCAGGGUCCUUAGGACUGAAGAGUUUGCCAUCUCUACUUUGGGAUUCACUUUUCUCCGUGUUCCAGUGUGUUUGGACAUGAGAUUUUGGGGGUGGGCAUGAGAUUUUUCUAUUUCAAAUUGUUAUUUUCACGGCAUGUGAGGAAUAUCAUAUUCAGUUAGACAGAGGCAAAGCACAGUAGAGCUGUCUUUCAAAGUGGAUUUCCCACACAGCCAUAUCCAGCCUAAUUGACACUGUACAUCUGUUUAUAGCUAGAUCAUAAAUAAAAUGUGUCCAUCUAGCUGUGCUAGUAAGUGGGAGUAAGUUGUACUCCCUUUAUAACCUCUGAUCACUGUGCAUCCAGGACCCAGAGUUGCACUGGCAAAAGGUGGCUUCAUGACGGUGUGUAAACUGUCCCCCUCCCUCUUCAGUCAUUUGUAUGCCAUCCGACAUGCCAUGUCAAGCACUAGAGGCUGUUACUGGUGCUCCACUAAUGCUGAGCAUGUGGUUAUUGUGCCAUCUCACCAAAGUUGUAGCCCUUUCAGCUGAUCCUACCUGUUUGCCAAUAUAGAAGGUGGCAGGUAGGAAAAGGCUAACGGUCCAGUCCUAACUAACAACAUAUUCAUUCACCUCAAUCCCCCACCCCCGCUUUUUAAAAUUGAAAUAUAGGAUCCACAAGAAAUGCAAACGUAUUUCUGAAAAUACUUCAUUCCUUUGACACUCGUCCCCUGCUUUAGGAAGCUGCCUUAUACCAGGUCAGAUUGUUUAUCUAUCUAGUCUAUUAUUGUCUGCUCUGACUGGCAGUGGCUCUCAAGCAAAGGUGAUUCCAGCUGCCUGCUACCUGAUCUUGUUAAGUGGAGAUACCAAAAAUUGAACGUGAAACCUUCUACAUGCAAAGGAUGUCCUCUGCACCCCUGAGCUACAGACCAUUUCUAUGAUCUUCCAAGGAUAUUUUUGUUAUUAAAGUGCAGUGACCUGUCCUUUAUUUAUCCCAGGAUACAAUCUUCUGACCCGAUACGGAAAUACAAAAGAAUAGCCUGGAAAAUCAAUGUCUUCAGAAUCUUUUCAGAUCUUUGUAUCCAUAGAAGUGUAUAUUGGAAAUGUGAUUGUUAUCAAAUUUCAGAGAGAUGUUCCAGCUGUAUAAACUAGAGGUGAACAAACCAUGGCUUGGAUAAACUGCAAACAGAUGCCCAUGAGGAAACCCAAAGGUGCUUGGAUGCCUCUCCUUCCAGACAUAUCCUAGUCCCAGAAUAUCUAGAAGGAGGCAGUUAUAGUGUUGUGAACAGGGGACCAUGGUUUGCACGUAUGUGGAGCAUAUCACUGUACAGAAACAGCCCUGCUGUUAGGCAGAGUGAGGCGGCUGCCUCAGGCAACAGAUGUUGAAGGACAGGUACCAGUGGUAUGGUGUUGAAGGAGCUAUGUAUGUCCCCCGGCCUGCCCUUCCCCCCCUUAACUAACUUGCUGCUUUUGGGUGCAGUAGAGCACGCCAUCCCAUUGCCAGUGUUGAGGUAGGAUUCAGCUGCAUGUGUGAUCAGCUUUUUUACACAGAUGGAAGAGAAGUGCCAUCUUUUCAUUUGUGUGUGAGAACUCUUCCCUAUUAUAAGUAACAUUAUGUUCACCCAUUUGAUUAAAUGUACCAAGCCCAGGGUCUUGGUUCUCUACAGAUGCUCAGCUCUGUUAAUCUUCACCAGUGUUAAAAACAGGCCCUUUGGCAUCCCAGGCCUUGCCACUUGAUUAUGGCUAGAGGUGGUGGCGGGUGCAUGGAGAGAGUGGCCCAUUAUAAGUUUGCACAAUAUAAAGGCAGUGGUUACAGAGCUCAGUUAGGAAUCAAGCCACAGAUAGAAACAACCUCACAGUCGUCAGAAGCAGUGUCACUCCCAGUGUCAGUGUCAGUCAACUAGAGUGUGCCUUUGCCGAGAAACACUGGGGGCGGGGGGCUGAUAAUUGCCACCUUCUGCAGCAGCCUGCCUGGGCCAUUCCUGUACCAUUCUGAAGCAGUUGGAGGAGAAGCUCAAUUUCUGAUCAGUUGUAGGACUCCUAUUGGCAACAAGAGGAACCAGCCUAAACAAUAUGAAAGGAGUGGCGAUUCAGGGAAUAUAAUGUGCACACACACCUACAUAACCAGGUAUUGUUUGUGGCUGUAUUUCAUGAGUGUGCAGCCCAAUCCGUUGCCUUUUUCCUGACAAGAAAGACCCAUUGUAUUCAGCAGGGCUUCUUCCCAAGAAGAUAUGUAGCUUAGAUAUUAGAAAUAGGCAUGUUAUAAACAGACAGAAAGCAGUCAGUGAAAACAAUGGGACUAUUUUGGAAACAGCUGAGCUUUAGUAAAAAAAAUAAAUUUAAAAUUGGAGCAGUUGAUACAAAGCAACUUAGGCCUUUUGUUUUGACAAACAGUUGCCUAAACUAAAUGAUAUUUCUACAAUAGUAAGAAUGUGAGAAUUUUUAGUCUAGAAGGUCUUGGCAUACCAGAUGGUGUUUGUUAAUGCAUUAUAUAGUAAAGUAGAAGAACGCCCUCUGCUGUAUGACUGCAGAUGUCCACUUUUAAUACUGUAUUUGCUUCAGCAACUGGAAAUUCUGCGACUGGUAGAAAUGUUGAUGGUUAGCAGCCGGGGAGGGGUGAGAGGAAAUGUACCCGUGGCUAUAACAAUAAUGAAAUGAGAAAUGGAUUGAGGAUGCUUAAACAUCUUGAGGACCUAAUAUAACCGCAUCUCAUGCUCAGCAACUCAUUUCUCUUUAAAACAUUUGCAUUCUGGUAGAAGCGUAACUUGCAAGGAGGGAUGUGAAGAAAGGACAAAAAAAGGAGAAAAAAGAAUGUUGACGUCUCCCCCUUUAUUUGCUAAUUUUUGAAUCUUUCCUGUUUUUUAAGGCAACAUAAGAUACGUCUUUGCCAUGAAUGUAUAUGUAUAUGGUGAUUACAGAUGUGAAAUAUCAAAGUGUUUUUUUAACAUGUACAUAGUGUCAUCUUUUCCUGUUUUCAUGUUAAACAGUCUGAGGCUAUAUACCAUUUUAUAAAUAGAAUGAAAUGUAAAGUAGGGACUGGGGUGGGAAGGGCUGUUAUUUUUAUAGCAAGAUGUUCCUUGUACCUUGUGAGCAUUUUAAAAUGAUUUUGUACUUGUCAAAAUAUACAUUCCAUCCAUAUCCUGAAAAUAUUUAUUUUUAUUUAAAGCAGUUUUUAAACUAAAACAAGACAUCCAUUUGAUAUGAAGUUCAUCAAUAAAGCUUAAAAAUAUUUGGUUUACAGUAAUAGCUACAAAGUUCUCUCCUGCUGUGUCAUAUAGCAGAAGGCACACCAUACCAGCAAAUGCCAAUAAUUUUUUCUGAAAAAGCUAGAAAAAUAAAAGUAUUCCUUUUAUACAGUUAUGCUGAAAUUAUUUCUAGUUACAAAACAGUGUUUUACAACAGAACACUCUUAAAGCAGUCCAUUAUCCUGAUUCUGUUUGCUCAGUUUAGGAUGUGUCAAACAGAAAUAAUGUGAGCAAUGAGCUACCUGUGAAAAGCACACUUACUGCAUUGUGUUCACAUAUGCAGUCUUCUCUUAAGGAUCAUGCUCAGGAGAAACCUGUUCUUCCUGUUUACAGCUGAUGUCAAAGUUGUGCACAGCACUGAUUGGCUGGCUUCCUGUGAUGUUACAAGGCCACUUCUUCCACCAUAUGUCAAGCAGUUUCUGGUUUUGUGGUGUGUGUUUUUUAGUGAUAAUGUUCCUUUUUUAAAAAAAAUGCAAGGAAUUGAAUGCUCAAUUUAAUGAACAUUCAUGACAUUCAUUAAACUCUAUAAUGUCCACAUAAACAAUAAAAAGGAAUGCUGAUCACCUACAUUACAAGCUGGAGAGGCAAGACAGUUCAUUGAUUGAAUCAUCAGUCUGUCAUGGGCAUUCCAAAUGGGAGAGAAAAUCAGGCUCGACCUGCUGACAAAAUAUGUGCCGGAACAUUUGAUACAUCUGUAGGUACCCUUAGAUCAUAAGGUCCUCAGAGCAGGGACUGGUCUUUUUGAAUAUGCUACUCUUGCAAAGUGCCAUGUAUGCUGAAGGCACCAAACUAGGGAUGGGGGCAUCUGUGCCCUUCCAGAUGUUGUUGGACUCCCAUCAACCCCAGCCAGCAUGGCCAGUAGUCAAGGGAGUUGGAGACCAUCACUAUGUGGAGUGUGCACGAAAUAAUAAAAUGAUAGAAGUAAAGAUAAUGUUAGAAAGGAGCAUAAUUGAUCGGAGUAAGGUUCUUUUUAAAGGUCAGAAUCUUCAGAAACAAUCCCCCUCCACCCCUGCCCGCCACUUUGACAGUGAAAACAAUUCAUUUUCUAAGAUCCUAGAGGCUAUAUCAUUUGGAAAAUGUGGGAGUGUGAUAACUAUCAUAUUCAAAGGGAUUUGCCUGAAAUCAAGUGGCACAAAGAUUUAUUUAUUUAUUUUAUUUUAUGGCUUAAUUGUGUCCUCGCUGUGCUUUAGAGCUUUGACCGUGACUCAGCUGGGGAGAAAAUACAGAGAUGCUAAGGCUGAUAUUGGAAAACAUUAUUCAGUAGUACAACAUGGCUAUUUUUGUUAUAUAGAGGACUAUAGUGUAAAUAUGUGAGAC